UGGAAUAGGAAUUCCACAAGUCCACAAUUUUCCCCUCUCUCUCUCUUUCUCUCUCUCCACAGAAUAGCUUUGUUACACAGUCGAGCUGCAAAAGAAACUGUUAAUUAUCAGAUCAAAAACCCAUUGGAUUUUACUCAGCUCGCCUUCUCCUGAUCUCCUCUCUUCUCUCACUACUCGCAUCUCCGCCUUUCGCGGCUGCAAUUUCACACUCCGUCGAUUAUUUCACUACUUCAUUCUCCCACUCUCCUACUAAAUCAACUUUGCUCCGCAAUUGGCGGCCUCCGCACUUGUUCCGCUGCAAUUCGCGCGGCUACUCCGCUCCCGACGCCGCGCAGUUGACUGGCACUGGACUAUUUUAUGAGUGUGGGUGGUGGAUGGGGGGUUUCCAUUUAGGGUUUGUUCUGGAAAGCGGAAUCUUUUGUUUUCAUGUCACGCGCCGCCGAUAGGAUGAGCAGCUCCGACGUCAGCAGAGUUGGUGGACCAAUCGAGAGGGAUAUCGAACAAGCUAUCACAGCUCUAAAGAAAGGUGCAUACUUACUGAAGUAUGGAAGAAGAGGGAAACCAAAAUUUUGUCCUUUCCGCCUGGCAAAUGAUGAAUCUGUCCUCAUAUGGUUUUCGGGGAAAGAGGAGAAACACCUUAAACUUAGUCAUGUCUCCAGAAUUAUAUCAGGACAACGGACUCCAAUUUUUCAAAGGUACCCACGACCUGAGAAAGAAUAUCAAUCCUUUUCUCUUAUAUACAAUGACAGAUCACUUGAUUUGAUAUGCAAGGACAAGGAGGAAGCUGAAGUCUGGUUUAGUGGCCUUAAGGCAUUGAUCUCACGAGGUCACCAGCGUAAGUGGAGAACAGAAUCCAGGAGUGAUGGAAUCUCUUCUGGAGCUACUAGUCCUAGAACAUACACUAGAAGAAGUUCGCCGCUGCACUCUCCCUUUGAUAGUGGUGAUAUCUUGCAGAAGCAGGAUGGUGGUGAUCAACUUCGUCUCCACAGCCCUUAUGAGAGUCCUCCAAAAAAUGGUCUGGAUAAGGUAUUUUCCGAUGCCAUAAUGUAUGCUAUGCCUCCAAAGGGUUUCUUCCCCUCAGAUUCUGCUAGUGCUUCGGUGCAUUCUGUGUCUUCUGGAGGCUCUGAUGGCAUACAUGGUCACAUGAAAGGAAUUGGGGUGGACGCCUUCCGUGUGAGCCUUUCUAGUGCUGUAAGCUCAUCAAGUCAAGGUUCUGGUCAUGAUGAUGGUGACGCCCUGGGUGAUGUUUUUAUUUGGGGAGAAGGCACCGGGGAUGGAGUUAUUGGCGGUGGACCACACAGAGUUGGGAGUAGUCUUGUAGCGAAAAUGGAUGCAUUAUUGCCCAAGGCGUUGGAGUCUGCAGUUGUAUUAGAUGUUCAGAACAUAGCUUGUGGUGGACGACAUGCUGCCAUUGUGACCAAGCAGGGAGAGAUAUUCUCUUGGGGUGAGGAAUUAGGAGGCAGGCUUGGCCACGGUGUAGAUGCUGAUGUCUUGCAUCCGAAGCUAAUUGAUGGGCUCAGCAAUACAAAUAUUGAGCUUGUUGCAUGUGGUGAAUAUCAUUCUUGUGCUGUUACACUUUCAGGAGAUUUGUACACUUGGGGUGAUGGUCAUUUCGGCCUUCUAGGUCAUGGAAAUGAAGUUAGCCAUUGGGUGCCAAAAAGAGUAAAUGGGCCACUGGAGGGAAUACAUGUUUCUUCAAUCUCAUGUGGGCCUUGGCAUACAGCUGUUGUGACUUCUGCUGGGCAGUUGUUUACUUUCGGUGAUGGAACUUUUGCGGUUCUUGGUCAUGGAGAUCGUGCAAGUAUCUCAAAGCCGCGAGAAGUGGAAUCUCUUAAGGGUCUACGCACUGUAAGAGCAGCAUGUGGUGUUUGGCAUACUGCUGCAGUUGUUGAAGUUAUGGUUGGAAGCUCAAGUUCCAGUAACUGUUCUUCAGGAAAGCUUUUUACAUGGGGAGAUGGAGACAAAGGUCGACUUGGACAUGGUGAUAAGGAAUCAAAACUUGUUCCUACCUGUGUUGCUGCUCUUGUAGAACCAAAUUUUUGCCAAGUUGCUUGUGGGCACAGUAUGACUGUGGCUCUUACAACCUCAGGACAUGUAUAUGCCAUGGGGAGUCCAGUUUAUGGACAGCUGGGAAACCCUCAAGCUGAUGGGAAGCUCCCAUGUCGUGUUGAGGGAAGACUCGGGAAGAGUUUUGUUGAGGAGAUAGCUUGUGGUGCUUAUCACGUGGCUGUGUUGACCUCAAGAACUGAAGUUUAUACAUGGGGAAAGGGAGCAAACGGUAGGUUGGGUCAUGGGGAUACAAACGACCAAAAUUUUCCAACUCUGGUUGAAGCUCUGAAAGACAAGCAAGUAAAGAGUAUUGCUUGUGGUACUAAUUUCACUGCAGCUAUCUGCCUUCAUAAAUGGGUCUCAGGAGUCGAUCAGUCCAUGUGUUCUGGCUGCCGCCUGCCAUUUAACUUCAAAAGGAAGCGUCACAACUGUUACAACUGUGGCCUUGUUUUUUGUCAUUCAUGCAGCAGCAAGAAGUCACUCAGGGCUUCUAUGGCACCAAAUCCAAAUAAACCGUAUCGUGUUUGUGAUAAUUGCUUCAGUAAAUUGAGAAAGGCUAUUGAAAUUGAUACUUCAUCUCAGUCAUCAAUAAGUAGAAGAGCAAGUAUGAAUCAGGGAAUAAACGAUACAAAAGAUAAAGAUGAGAAAUUGGAUACAAGAUCCCGCCCCAAUCUAGCUAGGUUUGCUUCUAUGGAACCUUUGAAACAAGGGGAGAGUCUAUCCUCUAAAAGAAACAAAAAGCUUGAAUUCAAUAGCAGUCGUGUAUCACCAAUCCCAAAUGGAAACUCCCAGUGGGGGGCUCUUAAUAUCUCAAAAUCUUUCAAUCCUGUUUUCGGUUCAUCCAAAAAAUUCUUCUCAGCUUCAGUUCCUGGUUCGAGGAUUGUUUCUCGAGCAACAUCACCAAUAUCACGACGUGCCAGUCCUCCUCGCUCUACCACACCAACCCCUACACUAGGAGGCCUUACAUCACCUAAGAUUGUUCUGGAUGAGGCAAAGACAAAUAAUGAUAACCUCAGCCAAGAAGUUAUCAAAUUAAGAGCACAGGUAGAAAGUCUCACUCGGAAGGCUCAACUUCAGGAAGUAGAACUAGAAAGAACAACUACACAGCUGAAGGAGGCAAUAGCAAUUGCAGGGGAAGAGACUGCGAAGUGCAAAGCUGCAAAAGAAGUCAUAAAAUCACUUACUGCUCAACUGAAGGAAAUGGCUGAAAGACUUCCUGUGGGUUCUACCAGAAGCAGCAAAUCUCCGCCCUUCAUUCCUCUUGUUGCCCCUUCAAUACCUAAUGAUGUUUUAAAUGCCUCCAUCGAUCGAGUGAAUGGUCAAACGAAUUUCUUGGAUCAGGAGUCAAAUGAGCCAAACAACCCAUUGCUGACAAAUGGGUCUAGUACUGCAAGUAAUCGCAGUUUGGGUCACAGCAGACCUGCACAUACAGAUGUAACAAGAAAUGGUAAUAGAACAAAAGAAAGUGAUACUCGUAGCGAAAAUGAGUGGGUUGAGCAAGAUGAACAAGGUGUUUAUAUCACUCUUACCUCCUUACCUGGAGGGCUCAAAGAUCUGAAGCGAGUUCGUUUCAGCCGGAAGCGAUUUAGUGAGAAGCAAGCGGAAACAUGGUGGGCAGAGAACCGGGCAAGAGUAUACGAACGAUACAAUGUGCGGAUGGUUGACAAGUCAAGUGUUGGCAUAGCUAGUGAGGACUUGGGACAUUAACAAUGCACCUUGUGUAUGUAUAUGGAUUUUUUUCUCUUUUUGCUGUUGUCGGUUCUGCCCUCAGUCUCUUGCUUCAGGUACAAGAGUUAUAGUGAUGUUUGGAGGGUGGGGGAGGAAAGCUGUCUAAUCUUGGUGUCUUGGUUUUAUCUCUUCUUCUUUUUUAGGGGGUUUUAACCUCUUCUAAUAUUCUUCUUGAUGUUGACAGUGGUUUAUCAAUUUUUUCCCCAGAAGAGCGUUGCGUGGGGUUUGACGUUUGAGGGUGAGAAAUUUGUAAAUUCUUGGUAGGGUGAUGGCUCUAUUUGUGAGCACUUAUUUCCCUUCCCUUCCCAUGUAUAUUCUAUUAACCAAAUUCCUAUCUACACAAUCAUUUCUACUGCUA